AUGGCCUCGACAGAAAUCGCAGACCUGUUGACGCCGCCGGCCUCGAAGUCGGCCAAGUCUGGCGUCGUGACGCAAUUGAAGCGUGUGGCUAGCACGUCCAAGGACAACAGCUGGGUUUCUCCGUUCCGUCCACGGGGCAAGCCACAGCGUUCCGUUUCAUCGGGCACAAAGGAGUCUGUGGAGCCAGCUACGGCGGCUGCCGAGACAAAGGAGACACCAAAGACGGAGACAGAGCCGGAGACGGCAGAGGUUGCCGACAACACAGACGCAGCCUCGGAGGCUCCUUUGAGCACUGCUGCGGGCGAGGUUGUCGAGGACGAGGAGCCAAUUGGCGCUCCAGAGGAGGAAGCGACCGAGAAGGUCGAGGAGACCGAGAAGGCGGUUGAGCCUGCUGAGCCUGUUGAGCCUGUCGAGCCUGUUGAGGAAAUUGCCGAGCCUGCUGAACCUGCUGAGCCUGCUGAGGAAACUGCUCCAGCUGAGGAAGCCACCGAGCCAGUUGCUCAAGAGCCUGAGGAGCCAGUUGUGGCCCCGGUGGACGAGCUCGAGGCCACCUUCGACAAGCCCAAGAUGCUCAACCGGUACAAAGAGAACAAGCUCGUGGCUUCGCAGGCCCUGAACAACACCCUUGUGCAGAACCCAGACCGCGUGCUGAACCUGGGUGCCGGGCUCAGACUCACCGAGGCCCAGAUCUACGAGAUAGCCCGCAAGAGAGUGGCGCCUGUUCUGAAGAAGGUCGACCAGCAGGUCGAGGACAACCUCAAACGGGACGAGCAGCGUGCCAAGGAGGAAGAGGACCGCAUCACCAAGAAGGACGAAGCCAAGCUCGCCAAGGAGCUGUCCAAGUACACUGCCGGUAUCGAGAAGGAGAACGCCGCCAUUGCUGCUUCGUUUGUCGCUCCUAUGAACAAAUUGGAUUCGGAUAUGGCUGCCAGCAAAGCUGCUGCUGAAAAGUACAUUGAGGACGUCAAGGCCAAGAUCGAGCAGGACAAGGUGGAUUACGAGGAACUGGAAAAGAAGGCCGCCGAACAACAUAUCACCAACAAGGAGAAUGUCCACAAGCGGGCCGCAGAGUACAAGGAAGAAAGAACCAAGGCUCUUGCUCUGGCCAAGGAGCAGCAGGUUGUUGAGACCGAGAAGGAGAAGGAGGUCCGUGCUGCAGGCGAGGAUUUCCAGACCAAGGCCGACUCCGUGGAGAGCGAGCUGGCGGAGAAGGAGAAGGAGCUCGAGGAGAAGAUCGCUGCUCUGGAAGGCCUGGCUGCCUCCAAAUACGAGAAGCAGACUCUGAUUGCCUCUGCCACGCGUAGAAAGCUCGAGGCCGAACGCAAGGUGGCUAUCAUCACUGCCCGUCACACUCAGGCCAAGUCCAACUCGGAGAAGCUCGAGAAGAACGUUAGUGUGAUCCAGGAAGGAAUCGACAAGCACACGUCCAAGAAGGAGCUGCUCAACACCACCGGUAAGGAGCAGCUGGCCGAGCAGCGCACUGCUGCUAACAAGGCUGUGGAAGACUGGGAGGCCGAGAAACAGCAGAUCAGACUCGAGGAGGCACAGAAGCAGGAACGCAAGCGUGCCGAGGAGGAAGAAGAACGCAAGCGUGCGGCUGAAAGAGAGGAACAGAAGCGCAAGGAGCAGGAAGAGGAGAAGGAGAGACUUGCUGCCGAGAUCGCCGAGUUCGAGAACCUCAAGAAGCUCAGAGAAGAGAAAGAAAAGCUGCAGGCUGAUCACGAGGCUGCCGAGAAGAAGUCCAAGGGCGGCGUUUCCAGCACUGUCAGCUCCAUCACCGCUACCGGUGUUGCAGCUGCUGCUGCUGCCGGUGCUGUUGGAGCCGUUGGUGUCGACAAAGUCGUUGAUGGAUUGUCCAAAGGUGCCGAUAUCUCAGACUUCCCUCAAGCUCCAGAUUCCAAGGGAUCUGUGGAGCCAAUCAAGGAGGAGGACGAGCCAGAAGGGUCUCGUGCUGCCGUUGAUCUUCCUUCGACCCCAACUUUGAGAAGAAGACCAUCGAUGGUGGACGACGCUUUGAAGCACUUGAGUCCACAGGAGGUGGAGAAGAUGAACCUUCCAUUAUCUGAACAAUUGAAAGCUUACCAAGAGCAAAAGAGCCGUUCGAACUCGUUGACCAAGGCCAGCGAGCCAAAGUCCAGAUCGAACUCGCUCACCAAGAAGUUCCGUCCUUUAUCCAGAAGCAACAGUCUGAAGAACGUCAAGAAAGAAACGGUUGCUCCAAAGGCCGAAACUCCGGCCGCUACCACCACCACCACAGAACCAGAAAAAGAUGCAUCUCCAAAGUACGAACCGGUCUCCACGCUCGAUCCAAGAAAGGCAGCCACCCCGGUCAGCACCAAGGAGGUGUCUCCAAACAAGUCUGCUGCUGCCACCAUCACCGAGUCGACCUUGGCAGCAGAAAAAGCACCAGACUCUUCCUCAUCCAGUCCAGCAGAGCCAGCUCCUACGCCAGGCAACGUCGACGCCGACUCCAUCGAAGCACGGUCCCAAACCAAACCUGUGUUCACCGAGGUGGUCGACAACGACGACUACCAGGAAGUGGUGACCUACGAAACCGUCGACACCGCCGAGUACGAGAAAAACAAGCACGAUCCAAACUACAAGGAGGUGCCUGUGGACGAACCACGAGUCGUCUCUGAUUCUUCCUCUCAAGACUGGGAUCUCGGAUCCUGGAACGUAAACGUCCUCGAACAGAAUGUCCAUCUUGGCUUCUGGUGGAGGAGACACCUCGGCCUCCUUGACCUGCUCAUCGACGUAUUUUCUGGCAGCCUUAUCGAAAGACUUGACUUCAUCCUCGGUAGCGAUUCCAAACUCCAAAAGGUGGGCCUUCAAACCGGCAAUUGGGUCGUUUCUGGAUCUCAUGUUCUGGACCUCCUCUCUGGUUCUGUAGGUGGUACCUGGGUCGGACAUGGAGUGUCCACCGUAUCUGUAAGUCUCGUACUCCAAAACAAGUGGUCCGUUACCGGAAACACACCAGUCCUUGGCGAACUUGGAGGCCUGGUAAACGGCCAAGAUAUCCAUACCGUUAACCUUCAGACCUGGGAUGUACUGACCUCUCUUGUAGUACUCGGUCAUGGCCGAGGAUCUAGAAGCAGAAGUUCCCAUACCGUACUUGUUGUUCUCACAAGCAAAAAUACAUGGCAAGUUCCACAGUUUGGCCAUGUUGAACGACUCAAACACCUGACCUUGGUUGGCAGCACCAUCUCCAUACAAAGUGAAGGUACAGUUUGGCUUGUUUUUGUACUGGUGGGCAAAAGCAAGACCGGCUCCCAAUGGCACCUGGGCUCCCACAAUACCGUUUCCUCCGUAGAAUCCUGGAGCGUACAUGUGCAUGGAACCACCCUUACCGUAGGAAACACCGCAUCUCUUACCCAUCAACUCACCCAAAACCUCCUUGACGGAGGCGCCUCUCAUGUGGGUGAAACCAUGACAUCUGUAAGAGGUGAUGACAUCGUCAUUAGCGUCAAUGGCAUUCUCAAUACCAACGGCAAUGGCCUCUUGUCCAACAGAAAGAUGGCAGAAACCUCUAAUCUUUUUGGACUUGUACAAGGCGUCGGCGGCCAUUUCCAUUCUUCUGAUGAUGAUCAUGUCCUUGUACAUCUGGAGCAAGGUGCUUUUCUCUGUCUCGAAGGUCAAUUCUGGAGCAUCCAUCUUAUAAGUCUCGAAAGAGCUUUCUGGCAAGUCGAUGGUGACCGUGUCGGACUCUGUCGCCAGAGUUCUGGCCAAUCUUGGAGCAGCGCGGAGCGGAGCUCUUUUAGACAAAUUUCUCAACAUUGGACGGAAUUGAAGAGAAAUUAUUAA